AUGUGCCGCUUAUUCUGUUUGGUUUCUGUCGUUUAUUCUGCAAAUCUAGGCCUAUGCAAAAUGUGUGAAGUUUUCUUUAAUGAUAUUGGAGGUCUUAUGAUAUUGUUUUGUGUCCCUAUGAAGAAUAGAGUAGAAAGUAAAAGUAGUGGACUGAUUCUUCUUGAUGAGUACUGGAUUCUGAGGGAUGUACUGUCUGUGCUGCCAGAUUGGAAGUGGAAGGAUUUUGAAGUUGAAAAAAUUGUUACUGAUGCUCACAAAAAAGUUUCUGUAAAUAACUGUGCUGAUGAUUUACUGGACAAGUAUGAAGCAGACUCUUUUAUGAGGUUCCUGAGUACCCCUUUCACUGUUGCUGCAUUUCCCAAGUUAAUGAGCCAUUUUCUGGGAUUGCUAGUUGGAACUCUUCACCUCAUUGGCGGGUGUUCCAGAAUUUCGGUAGACCUAGAUACAGCAAUAGGUCAACAACAAUCAAAAUUCCGUCGGUUAACACUGAAUUUUUCGCAUCUGUUCACCAAAUUUGCUGUGGAACACAUCCACUAUGCAUGGUGGUAUCUGGGGAGAAGCUCGUUGUUUAAGAUGGAGGUAGGCAAGGAGAAUAGGAAUAUAAAAGAUCACCACCGACGAUUGCUUGCAGAGAAAUUUGAAUUGAGGCGAAACCUUUACAAGGCACUUGUUAGAGAUCCCACUCUUCCUCAGGAGAUGCGUGAACUACAUGCCUAUAAGCUGGCCAAGUUGCCAAGAAAUAGUUCCUUUACACGAGUGAGAAACAGAUGUGUUUUCAGCGGUCGUCCUCGUGGUGUUUAUCAGCUCUUUAGGAUGUCACGUAUUGUUUUCCGUACGUUGGCAAACCAAGGUGUGUUGAAUGGAAUAAGGAAGGCAUCCUGGUAA